CAGGUAGGGCUUCUUUCAUGCUAUAGGUCCCUCUGUUACUGACUGGAUUGGCUACUGGUUGCCUUGGUGAACGCAAAAGGCGUGGCUGGUAACCGGGGAGCUGUUGUGGGUGCUGGAGGAGAAGUAACGGAAGAGCGGGUGGAGUGGAAUGGUGUGCCCGUGUUUUCCUUCUGUUAUUAUGGAGGGCAGCUCAGUGCCGAUGGCUGGAUAGUGUCUAAAUGAAAAUUACUUGUUGGAACCUUAAUUUGGACCCUGGACUGAAAAUGCCUGCAAUUGAGAGUGAGGCUAAAGCAAGAACAAAGUCACACUUUGAGGAGGUCUUCCACAACUACUCAGGUCUUUCAGAACAUAAGAAGAAAUUCAGAAAGAAGAAGCAACCUGAAGAACAUAUAGUGCUUGAAACUUUUAAUCGAUCUUCCAAAGAUACUUCUAGUGAAGGGAUUACUGACCAUACAAACACAGAGGAAGAACCUCUUAGGAGGAAUAUAUUUAAGGAUCAGAUAGCAGCUGUUGAAACAAAAAGCAAUGCAAGCAGCAAAGAACACAGGCAAGCAAAGAGUGAGAAAAAGAAGAAAAAGAGAACAGAAGUGGGUGAGAGCGCUAACACAAAUGAAUCCCAACCUAAAAGCUCAGAGGACAUCACUCAUAUUUCAGGUUUUGAAGAAGAUUUGGUAAAACGUGGUAAGAGGAAGGAGAAAAGUGUCUUAGAAAAAGAAAGCCACCCAACUGAUUUUGAUGAGGAAGACCAGCUAAUCGAAGCUUACCAACUUAAUAUAUCACAGGCAGAGACCAAUGAAAUUAAGGAGAAGAUUAAAAAGAAACUACAGGCUCAUCUUUCAGAACAUUUUAACAAUGAUGAAAAUCUAAAUACUGAAUUAGGAAAUCCAACUGGGAAAAAGAGUAAACGAAAGAAGAAAAAAGACUUUGUGGAAACUGAACCAGAAACUAGUGUUAUGUCUUUGUCUGAACUGCAACACACGCCAGCAGAAGCCUUCGAUCAAUCUCCACUUGAGUCAUUUCUGGAAAAGUCAGAAAGAACUGGUCUUCCUAAACGUAAAGGCAAGAAAGCCAAAAAGAGAUCCCACACAGAUGAAGUGAGAGAUAACGGUCAGGAGAGUGAUGAAGAGAACAGCAGCUCGAAACAAGUGUAUGAUGAUAGCCUAGUUUUAGGUGUUUAUGUCCAUCGAGCUAAUAAAUUGAAGACUGACCUUUUGACAUCUCGGCCCAUGGUCAAGAUUUAUCUAAUCGACCAAAAAACUGGUGAAUAUGUCAAGAAAGAAUACAGUACUGAAGCAACGUCAUCAUUGCACGACCAAGAAAGAAAUGAAUACAUUCCCCCUAUGUUUUCACAACCAUAUGACUUCAAGCAGCUAAAGACGCCUGCUCCCGAAUGGGAUGAGCAAAUCAUAUUUAAUGAGCGGUUUACUCAUUUUUUGCACAUGAAGGAAGAGAGUCCAAAUGUUAUAAUUUUCUUUGAGAUUCUUGAUGUAUCCAAUGACGAUGGUACAGUCACAAAUUCAGAUUUUCAUGUAAAAGAGAGAGGAUUCCAUAAGAUUGCAUGGGCUUUCUUAAAGAUUGUAGGGGCCAAUGAAAUGCUCAACGUAGAUAAAAAGUUACGUUUACAGCUUUACUAUCCUCCUCGAACCCGUAUUACCUCCAUCACUCCUGUUUACGAUUGGUGGUUAAAAUAUCCCAGAAAUCAGUACCCUUCCACUUUAUAUGUGACGAUUAAAGGACUAAAGCUGCCAGACAAUGUAACUUCAACAAAUAUGGACCUUCCAUUUGGGAGCAGCUUAUCAAAUGCUGACCUACAGCAUGAUGUUGCCACAAAGAGGCCAGAUUUAGGCGAAAGUAAGCAUAAGGAACCUUUUAAGUGGACUCGGCUGCCGGGACAGGCAUGUCACAUUCCAAACAGGAAGUUUUUAUCUUUGCGUGGUGGACAAAUGGGAUGUUCUUUUCUGUGUUUCUCCUAUGAUGGGAGAACACUGGCUGCAGCAUGUGCAAACAGAGAUGGUUAUCCUAUAUGCUUGUAUGAAAUACCCACUGGACACUAUUUGAGAGAACUUCAUGGCCACCUCAAUGUUGUCUAUGAUCUUUGUUGGUCCAGCAAUGAUCAGCAUGUACUUUCUGCUUCAUCUGAUGCUACAGUCAGACUGUGGAGAGUUGCUAUGGAUGCUUCAUCUGCCAUCAAAGUAUUACCUCACCCGUCUUUUGUUUACACGUCAAAAUUCCACCCGAUGUCUGAUGAUCUGGUUGUGACUGGAUGCUAUGAUGCUGUGAUUAGGGUGUGGAAUGUAAAGGUGAAGGAAAUCAAUGGCCAGCUUCUGCAAGAGUUUGAGGGUCAUAAAAGUUUCAUCAACACCCUUUGUUUUGAUACAGAAGGGCUACAUAUGUUUUCAGGAGACAGCUCUGGACUUAUUAUUGUGUGGAAUACCGGAAUUAGCCGAAGUUGGCAACAUAAUCCAGCAGAGCACUGGGCUAUUUUGAAGGAAAUAAAAGAAACUGAUAUGAAAGGGAUUGCAGUGAAUCACUUACAGGUUCAUCCAAAUGGAAGACGUUUGUUAAUUCAUACAAAGGAUAGCACUCUCAGGACUAUGGACCUCAGAAUAUUGGCUGCCAAAAAAUAUAUUGGUGCAACAAAUUACAAGGAAAAACUUCACAGUGCCUUUACACCAUGUGGUACAUUUGUUAUAGCAGGGAGUGAAGAUGGGAUGGCAUAUGUCUGGAAUGCAGAAACGGGGGAUCAAGUAGCAAAGUAUUCCGAGUUAUCCUACACAGCCCCUCUUCGGGAUGUUGUCUUUCAUCCUCAUGAACAUAUGGUUGCAUUUUGUGCCUUUGGACCAAACCAGCCUAUCCUUUUAUAUAUUUAUGACUACAAAGUUGCUCAUCUUGAGGCAGAAACUGUGCACUGUGUCAGUAAUCAUGAUGUUCUCACACGUCAAGAUUCUAUCUUUGCUGCGAGAUCUUCAAUGCGGAUGAUGAAAGUAAAACAGAAACUGGAUUCAGUUUUGAAUGGUUCCAGUGUCUCGCUGCCUGCUCCAUCAUUGCUGUCUCCUCAUUCUAAGAUCAAACUUGGUCCCAGCGCACAACUGCAAACAAUGGCCACAGGCUCAUCAGGUGGUUUUAGCCCAGUUGGACAGCCACUUAGUAGAACACCAUCAAUCAGACUACAGAUGAUUAACACAGAAGCAAAGGUUUCCUCCUUGAAAGUAGAAGCUGAUAGUGGACUACCUAUUCAGGAAACGGUUGUGGCUCUGUAUGACUACACUGCACAUCGAUCAGAUGAGCUAAGCCUUCAUCGUAGUGACAUUAUCCAUGUGUUGUACAAAGAUAAUGACAAUUGGUGGUUUGGCAUUCUACAAAAUGGACAACAGGGUUAUUUUCCAGCAAAUUAUGUGGCUGCUGAAAUCCCUUAUGAUGAAGAUCUCACUACAGCAUCAAAGUCACAGUUUACCUCUUCCCAGGAAGUUUUUACUGCAGAAGGGCCUGAACAGAGUGCCCAAAGGAUGUCGGUGGUCCCCAGCAAGUCAAAGGAUCUGAAAUUUAUGUCACAGCAUGACACAGAUGCAGAUUCACCUGUGACACAAAGAACAAGGCAAGGAACACAGGACAUGACAAAAUCCACUGAUGUAAGUUCACAGCCGGGGGCCUUUCUGACUGGAACCACGACUUCUAUGGGUUCUGAACGAGAUCUCCCAAGACUGGAUCACAGUGUUAAACCAAAAAAGAAGACCAGUUUUAAGAAAUCACCUACAGUUGGGAAAACAAAUGUUGCGUUUGAGCCAGAUGAGUGAGAGUCGAGACCAUGUCUGUGAAUUCAAGUAAUGUGCACCAUAACAGCCUUAAAGAAAACCAGACACAAUUGGACUCAAGCAAAAAUAUUUAAUUAUAAAUUAUAAUCAUGCUGACUCACUUUUGAAAUAUUUGUUUCUCCUUCAUUGAGGGAUACAAGAUUCAAAGACAGUUGGGUUAUACCGCCACCUACAGGACACUUGCAAAUGAACCAGAACAAUUUAAUCCCUCCCACUCCCAGCAUGCUCCAGUAUUUUGCCAGUGUCUCAGAAGGAUAGAUAACUUUUUUAUACUGGGAAAAGUUUAACUGGUUUUACCACGUUUUUUUUUCAUCAAGUUUUAUUUUUUUUUACUUCCAUCAACCUUUCCUUGCAUGUGGCUUGAGCUGGUCUUUCUAUACACAUUUAUUAGGAUCAGUGUAUCAUUAGCAGUAGCUUUGGAGCCCCACCCAGACCCGGCUGGACUGACUGUGCUUAUCUCCCAGGUAGAUUACACAUAAAUACUGUAAGUAUUUGAACAUUUUUGGAAAACUUUGUAUCUUAAUCAUACAGUAAAGGACAAAGGACUUCAUAGACGAUGGGUUAUAUACAGGCUACCUUCAGGUGAUUGGAAACUUGCUAGGGCCACCCUUAGUGCAUAAUCUUAUUACCCCUCCAACUGCAGGUUUGUGAGACUCCAGUCCUUGCUUGUGUCCUUGGGUGAUGGACCAGUGACCCUUGAUGUGUAUCUUAGGGACCAUACCCAAACCCCAUUGUGUGGGGGCUAGCCUGUAAUGUUUGUUUCAAGCAUUGAAUCCUGUGUAAGGCACUCACCUGUGUAGUUGGCCACAGGUUGCUGUAUAGGUCCAGGGUUGUAGUCCAUGUUUAUGGUUCCCAGAACCUAAAGACCCCUUCAAGGGUAUGCCCUCUAUGAUGGGUAAAGCCUGGACCUCUUGUAGGCCCAACAUUGUGGAUAAGAUAAGACAGCUUUUUUCUGUAUCUUAACACUGUUUCCUGGCAUUUAAUAGUACAUGCCGCAGUGCGUAGCACAAUAUUGAGUUUAACAGGAAGAGGAUUUGGGAGUUAUUCACUUUAUUGUGGCACCCGCAGCCAUUUGGUUUCCAACAUUUCUCAGUGCAAGCAAUUUAAAUUCGUUUUUUUUCCCCUUCCUAUCUUGACUUGUUGCUGCACUCCUAUUGACAUCUUCAACAGAGACACAACCAGAGGAACAUGGUCAGCUCUUUUACUUGAGGAUAUAAUGCAGAAGAGUAUUUGUAGCGGAUUUUCCUUACCCUGCAUUUUAUGAGGUACAAGCUACCGCUAAAUACCAAAUGCUGUCCUGUGUGGACACAUAAAUUGAUGUUGUGUGCACUAACCUUUGCCUAACAGCACCUGACUCCACAGCCAAAAAAAGACCCUAUGGGCACUUAGUCCGGGUUCACACCAAAAUGCGGUGAGGGAAACCCACAAUCUGUGUGCAUUACCUGCACCACGGUCAAAUGCAGGUAAUGGGUGUCAGUGCAAUGUAAGCAACACCUCAAGCUCGGGUCGCAAAUGCAGUGCGUUUGCCUGCACCCGAUCACAUGGUACAAAAUAACAAAGUGAUCCGGUUGCAGUGCGAUUCAUAGGCAAUUCAUAGUGUGAGACUGGCUAAGUCAAAAAAAUACUUUCAGUUCUCAAUAAACACCUUACAGUUCCUAUUAAGGAUAAAAAAUCAAUGAGUGGUGUUGCGCUCUAAGUAAUAACUAAAAUAGUAAUAGUGGAUACACAAUAAAUCAUAAAUGCUAAUUACUCAGUGCUAAAAAAAUAACCACUAUAAACAAAUUAUAAUAUAUAAAGUGCAAGUGAUAAAGGUGACAAUAGUGAAAUUCAAUCUUAAAAUAGGUUAAUAUUAAAGUGCUAGUGAUAAAAAAUAUCCACAUAAGUAAUACUUAAAAUAUUAAAGUGCUACUAGCAGAAAAAAGGUCCAUAUAAAGGUGAACUGGAGCCGUGAGGUGCUGCUCCAAAUAACACUGUGCAUAUCAAGGAAUGUAUACAGUGACUUUAGUGAUUUGUUUUUUCACCUCUGUGUAAGGUGGUCCCUUACAUUACCGCUAUAAAGUAACAGCGUGAGAAAAUACAGGGACCACCAGGAGAGUCAGAGAUCCUGCAGUAGGCAAGUAGAGGAGCCCAGAUCAUGAAGUAUGUUGAAACUGGAUAAGUAUUAUAAUAACAGCCAAUAUGGUACUCGGAUUAAAAGUAUAAAAACAAACAGCACCACGAGCGGCGACUUCUCUCUUUCUUUUUUCUCCUAUUAAGGAUGGUUCAAUUUGUUAAGAAUUCUGUUGAUAUGCAUUUUGAAGCCCUCUUUAAGGCCUUAUUGCAUAUCCAGCUCUGCAGCCACCAAUUGCAAACAUGUCUAUUUGUCAGACUACUGGUAACUGGACAAGACAAAUUUAACAGACGUUUUGAUGAUGAAUGCCUAAUUGGGGAAUCCCUUGAUAAAUUCACUGGGGGGGGGGGGGAGUUACUCCUACUCCACAAGAAAAAGCCUAAGGCAGGCCAUACAUGAUUCAUUCAAACAUCAGGUUAAAUAAAAAAAAAUGAAACAAAAUUAAUCACUCCCACUGAGCUAUUGUAUUCAGCCGGGGGCCUUCCCCAUUGGCAAAAGACAAUGAUCAGUGUUGCUGGCUUUAGCCAGCAGCACUAAUCCAGGAAAAGCCUGACAGGCUGGUUGUACACAAGUCAUACAGCCAGCUAGCCCAUACAUGUAUUGAAAUUCAUCUGGUCCUUACUGAACCGGUGGAAUUUUGAUCCAUGUAUGAGUGGCUAAGUCUCCUACGGCUAACACCAAGCCUACCCAGAAGCCCUCCUCACAAUAAAGGGGUGCCUCCACUGCUUAGAGUGGGGGAAUGUCUGUUGGCAUUUGCCUCAGUCUGGAUCCAGACCUCUGGGUCCAAUUUGUUAUUUCAAAGAGGUACAACAUAGAGUUUCUAUCUCUGCCCACUCUUUUUUUUAUCACUUUCCAAUCUCCCAGCUUCAGACCAAAAGAAGGCAGAAUUAAUGACCCCCUUGCACCAGCUUCAGGCACAAGGAAUGGUUGUACCAGUUCCUACAAAAGAAUGAUUGCAAGGUUUCCAUUCAGACCUAUUCACAGCCCCAAUCUAAAAGGGGGUAGCCACCCAAUACUGGACAAUCAGCAUUUCAAAGUCUGCUCUCCAACGCUCACACCAUCUGGAGUAUCUGGGUCUAACCAUGAACACAGGACAAGCCAGAAUCUUCCUUCUGCAGGAGUAAUUUGGUUCCUUUAGUCCCUAUGGUAACCCCCCAGUUAUUUUCUGCAUGAGGGUUCUGGGCUUAAUGGUAGCCUUCUUUGAGGCAGUUCUUGUUGUCCAGCUUCACUCCCGAUCAAUUCAGUUCAGCAUACUAUUGAUGUGGAACAAGCAGGGCACUGGUUGGCAUCCUCAAAGUUCCUUGAAUCUUUCUGAACUAAAGUAACUGCCUGCCCAUAUUGAUGAUACAGGCAGACCGCUACACUGAGUCUGCAGGAGCCUGACAUUGCACUUGUGAUCGGCUGAUUGUGGGUGCAAUGCUUUACAGGCUCCUAAGAUGUAA